GGUUCAAGCCAUUGUCCUAUCUAAACAUCCCCUCAAUUCUACUCCGAUAAAUAACUCCAUGAUCCUUGUUCAACGCUAACAACUAGACUCUGCGAUAAAUCACACAUGUCUCGCUAUUAAUGAAAGAAAGUCCUGCACAGAACCCCUAGAACAUCCACUCAAUCACAGUCAGCCUUAUUCUUCAACACCACGACACUGUCCAUACAUCAUUGUAUUCACAUACACGGCACUGAGUGUGUGCAUAUUCCCUGUAUACCUCAAACACUGGGCUCAGUUGCAUCGAUAUCGUCAGAUCUAUAGCGUUCAGGCACUACCUAAGCUCAAGGCAUACUCACUACCUUGUAUCGAUCGAGGAAGGAGUGUCUCACCACACUUCAGACGACGGGCAUAACUCCUCUUUUGAGAGAUCUAGUCAUACUCUGACAUCUCAAGAACACUACGAUGGGAUUCUACAUGGCAUAUCUAGAGAGUACGUCGAUUCAUGAGUUCGGAGCUUUCCUCUUUACCACCUCACUAGAAGUUUUCAUUCGAUCCGGCUCUUCAAAUAUAAUCCUGCCCUGGCGGGUGUUGCAUCAAAAGAAGGCUGAAUCGAUCGCCUCACUAUGUCAUAUAUUACCGUUCUCAUGGGAUGCAUAAUCCCGCUGCGCUACCCAAGACAUCCCAAUGGAUAUGCUAUUCCUGAUGGGUCAAUAUUAUGAACGCCAGCGUUACAUUCAUCCCCAAAAUACAAUUUGUGCAACAAAGUCCCUGGUCUAGCCGCUGACAUGUAGACAGAUUUGUGCCGUCGACGAGGUUGGCAAGGUCCCCAGUACAAGACGUACCGCGACGCACAAGGCUACACUUGUCUCGUGCUCGUCAACGGACAGGAGUACCAAACGGAUCUAGCCUACCAAACCGAUGCCCUAGCUCAGGAGAAUGCCGCCACACAGGCCUUUAUGGUUUGCCGUCAGUCAUCAGUCAAUGGAGGGAUGCUGGCUCGUAAUGGUGUUAUCCAAGGAUUGCCUGCCAACGAGACAGGUGGCCGCCAAAAGAAAAGAAAUGAUCGUCAGCGGCAACAUUCCGUGACGCUCAGCAGCAGCUCAUCGAGCACAUCUUCCGAACCGGAAAUUAGAGAAAUCAGAUACCCAAUGACGGUCGGCAGUUAAGAAGUGACUGCGUGUACACCCAUAUUGGUAUAAUGGCGUACCAUCCAAUAAUACACGAACGAUAUACAGUAGGGACCCCGAGGCCAAAAAAAAUUACGAUUUACGACCAUCCAUGACAAAGACGGAUCAUUAAGGGCGGUAUAUUAUCAAAAGGAAAGGAUAUUCCACUGGCACAUUGCAAUUGAUGAAUUUCUCACGAAUUUUCCAUAUAUUCAUUUUAUUCGUUUUAAAAAUGAUGAGAUUAACGAAUUUUACGAAUUUUCUUAACUCGUCUUACAUUUUCUUUCUCUCUUUUCUGUUUGGGGCCAUCAAGAAUCUACACCACUACAAGUACAAAUACUAUUGCAAAAUACUAUCAUGCAUGACGAACGGCCCAUGAUUCAUGGGUAUCACAGCACCGGAAUCGUAGGGAAAAACGAGGCGACUCGAAUCCCAUACACGGUCAUUACGGAGAGGCAGCUAUCUUUUGUGCGUUUGAAGAUUGGAUCGGUGGGUGGCCUAGUUUUGAUGUUUUUGCGUGCUAGUUUAUCGUGAGGAGAAAAGCAAGUGAGCGGGUGAGCGGGUGAGGAGAGAUGAUGAUUUUUAUGUUUAUGUUUAUGUUUAUGUUAUGGUGCGGUAUAGCAUGCAUGCAUGAUUCUUAUACAGGAUGAAAGGCGGAGGUUAGGUUACACUCUCUGAGAGGAAUAGCGCUGCAUUACAUGGAGGAAAAUCUGUUUUGUUUUAUUUUUUCCUAUUGAGCGUCCGAGAGAUGAACAUCAUGAUGAAUGAUGAGGGGCUCGCGCUUCUUUCUUGAAGACAUGGAUUCUUCGACAUGAUGGAUGAUUGAUGAUUGAUGAAUGGAUACAUUUUUUUGCUUUUUAUUUUUGUUUUUAUCAUGUCACAUCUUUUUUGUCAUGAUUUAUGACGACGGGUGAUAUGAUAUGAUAAAGAGACAGAGGGAGAGAGAGAGAGAGAGAGAGAGAAGUCUCUUUGGGCUACCUAGUACCUUAUUUUACGAAUUUACUUGUUUUGUUUCUUCUUAGUUUGGCUGGCUGGAUGAACGAGGGAGAUAUAGU